AUGGAGAUGGGACAAGGAGAAGAGAAGAGCCCAGGAGUGCAUGCCUGGUCUACAGCUGAUUCGGCGACGGUCGUGACGGAGAGUCUGGCGCUGAGUUCGGUCAUCCCUCGUCCACAGAGUCCGGCGUCGCCGACACGAUCCCCUGCAGCGCGCUCCAGAGGCGACGAAGAAGGCCACGGAGAAGCCUUCGAUCCUCGAGACACGAGCGAAAGUAUCCCCAGCGAGGCUGGCACGAGGAGGGGAAUCCGUGCUAGCGAGACGAGGGCUCUGAAGGAACACCUACGCGGCGGGGCUGAGCGCCUGGGCUCGCCAGGUUGGUCUGUUGACGGCCUCGAGACGGAGGUUCCUGUCUUGGAGAGCCCAGGAUACGCCGAUCGGGGUGAAUCGCUAAUCGCCUUAAGUCAGCUUCUUCACCGGCGAGGAAAAGAGAGCGCGAAGAGAAUUAGUGUUGCUGGGAGACGCUUACCCCGCACGGAAAUGCCUUGGAGCCGAGACCGAAACAGAGAGAAAAAACUAUGCAACAAAGACGAAAGCCGCGCCGGAAGCAGCGAGAGCCAGAGACCCGCCGAGACCGAACACCACGCCAUGACUGUCUCCGAGCUGAGAGGUUUAGCCCUCUCAGUCGAGGAGCUGGAAGCAGCUGUUCAAGCCGUCGCCACGGGCACGUCCUCCAGGGCUUCAGGCCUUGUGUUUCAUUUCUCUCCAGCAGAAAGUGAAAGCGACCAACAGCCACAGCAGGGCAAAGUUUACCUAAAAGGCAACCAGAAAACAGGGGAAGUCAAUGGAGACGCAGCUGAACUCGUGGCAGAAGACAGAACCACGCGACGUAGCUGGACGCAACAGGCUACCCGUCUCGCGCCCGAGGCGGAUAGUCCGAUGGAUCCCGACGCCUGGAUGCCGUUCGAGUCUCCGAGGCUCGCGGCGGCGCCACCAGGCCCAGAGGCUUCAGGAGCCGCGUCGGGAGAGCGUUCGGCUGUCGCACGUCCCUCGUUUUCCGUGUGUGCCGUUUCGCUCCCCCGUUUGUCGAGACAGCCUUCAGUUCAGGCGGAGGCGCAGCCUACGGUCUCACCAGGCGUGCCGCCGUCCUCUGUUCCUUCGCGCUCUCAGUCACCGCCCAAGGAGCGCGCCGACUCGCGGCGUGACUCCCCCCGGAGGUGCGCCUGGCCUCGGUCUUGGUCGCCCCAGCCUGCAGUGCUGUCCAUUUCCUCUUCCCCAUCUCCGUCCGCGGAAGGCGGCGCCGGUGAAUGUGCCUCGACAAGCCAAAGGGCUCGCCCCGGCUCUGGCUACGUCUGGUCCAAGGGGUUUAGCUUGCCGCUGGGGAAACUGGGGCGGCAAAAGCUUCUUCGUCUGGUGCGGCGAAAGUAUCGGCUGGACCGCGCGUUCUGGGGCCCUCGUUUGCGGGAGCACGGCUUCGAAGUGACGCGUUUUCCUCGCCUGGGAGUCGAGCAGCUCUGGGCUGUCGCCCACCUGGUAGGCGUCUUCGACAACGCGUGCCAGAUUGCUCAGGAACACGCUUCCCGAUGUGCGGGCGAGGCGACGAAAUCCAGUUCUAGCUCUCAGCCGCUUCCCAUUUCCUCGUCGUUCUCCUCGUCGUCUCUGAGUUCGACUCAAAGCGGCUCCACGUGCCCGCCCAGUCUAGACGCACGCGCCGGCGGAGGUCGGACGAGACGGCGUGGGGACGAACCUGCCGCUUCCCCCUUGAGAGAGGGGGUGAGGGAACGCCUCGCUGCGGCGCCAGAAGAGAGCCCAGACAACCGUGAGAGCAGGCCUGCCCUCCGACCCCAGAGGGAAUGCCUCCAUGCAGCUGCCGGUGCUCACGCGUUCCUGGAUAGAGAAGCGGAGCCGGAGGACACAACUCUCACGGCUCGCAUCUCGCCAGAGGUCAGGCUGAUAGACAGGUUCGAGGCCUGCAGUGAAGAACGACUUUCGAAUGGAAGUCCACAACUGGGAUCCAUCCAGGCGCGCGCGAAAGAAGGCAAGCACUGUCGAGAGAGUCUCGGGCGCGCCUCAGACCUUACAUGCGGAACUGCUUGGCGCUGCGCGCGCGAAGAAGCGAUGAGAGACAGCGUCUCCUUAGACGGGAGAUGGGGACCAGCAGAUGAGCUUGUGAGAAUACACUCUGAGCGGGGCCGCGCCGCUGAUCUCCUUGACAAAGAGAAAGAAUUGGAACAAACUUAUCGGUCUGCUUGCACACUGUGGCGGAAAGUCCAAGAGUGCGUCACCCUCGUGCCUGAAACGGAGACAGAAGACGCGCCGGCAGCGUGCAACGAUCGCGCGCUUUCUCACCUGAGCGCAAGCAGUUCUUGUCAUUCGCCGAUUCCAUCGGCUCCGGCGAACGCUGGUAACAUCUUUGAAGCUGUAAGGCCCCGCGCCUCUGGUGCUCGCGAAGGCGACCGUAAUUGCAUUCUUCACAGGGAGCGGCAGCGACCGAGCGGAAAACAAGUGGAGAUACUUUGGGACGACGGCUUGCCAUCGUCGCACUCAGCCGAGUCGCCCUUUGUCUGGCCUUCUUUCCCCGCUGCCCUACGUCCAUCAUCAGGCACCGAGGAGGCGCCGCCGUCAUUCGUCUACCAUUGGGGAUCCCCAGAGUUUCAGAUUGCGGUUGCCCCGAAACGGCCUGCGGGCGCCUCGUCGCCCCCUCCAGGCCUUUCCUAUUUGUCCACGAGUUUGCUGCGUCAGUUUGUGCGCGCCAAGGGUCCCCGCCAUCCUUUUCCUUCUUCGCAUCAACGAGGAGAUGUCGAAGGGGAUCUCGACACUGCAUCGCCCUGCCCCUGGCGGCCUCUUGCACUCGACAGGGACGCAGCAACGCCUCAGGUGCACCGCGGCACGCAGAGAUGUGUGAGGGAUUGGGCGCGUCAUCGCUCGCCAGACGAAGCGGUUGAAGAGUUCUGUCGUCUCUUGGCGGAAACACAAAACGAGAAACAGCGCGUAAGCUCACGCAUGCCUGCCCAUCUCUCUCUCCUGCGGCCGCCUGUGAGCGACAACGAAAUCUCAGCAAGCAACCUCCGAGUGCCACACCCGCCGUGCGCCUCGGCGCCACAGAACUGGUCUGAAUGCGAACUCGCAGCUCAGUGGACAAGCGACACUGCCGCGUGCUCACCGCGCCAAACGCAGAGUCGGUUCGCGCCCAGUCUGUCUUUUUUCCCGACUACUCCAGCUUCUUCGUUCUGCCCGCGAGACGCGCCAGAGUGGACUCGCCCGGUCGAGCGCGCGCGCCUCCGAACAAACCAGCCGCACACGCCAGAAGACUGCGGAGCUGGAGAAGCGCACGAAGUCCGCAGAAGCUUGAAGCGCCUCGCCCUUCCUGAGAUCCGCCUCCAUCGGAGAAGGAGAGCGGACAUCCCCGGAAACCACGCGCCUGUACUGUCCAGUCACAGUCCGUUUGAUGCGCAUAAAGGCUUCGACAGCGACAGCCAGGCGGGGCACAGCGGGUUCGCCGUCGGUGCUAGCAAGAGACGGAGACUCGACCCCGAAACUGUCGCAUUCACAGGUCGGUCGCACCAGAGGAGACUGGAGAUUCUCGAGAGCCAAACGCGCUCUCUGCAACGGGAAGUCGCCAGCCUCAAAAUGCACCUGGCGAUGGCGAGAUAA